GGAGUUGGAUUUAAGUAGUAACAGUUUCAAUAAUAGCAUCUUAUCAUCAUUGGCUGCUCUUCCAUCACUCAACACUUUGAUUCUCAAUUUCAAUGACAUGGAAGGUUCAUUUCCUAAUCAAGGUUUUGAAAGAUUAGAGAAGUUAGACAUUAGUUGGAAUAGAUUCAAUAAAAGCAUAUUAUCAUCAUUGGGAGCUCUUACAUCACUCAACACUUUAAUUCUUAAUCACAUGUAUGAUACAAUGAAUGGUUCAUUCCCUAUCCAAGAAUUAAAGAAUUUGAAGAAUUUAACAUUAUUGGAUAUAAGUGGUAACAGUUUCAAUGGCACCCUAUCAUUUAAAGGUAAAUUUUAAAUCUCUUAUCUUUGUAUUUAUAAAUUGAUUUCUUUU